UCCUUUCUUCUACUAAAGACCUCCUUUUCCUCGUUCUAACAACACUUUUCUUUGUGUAAAGGGUAAUGCUUCUUGCCCUUCAUAGUUCCAAAAACAUCAAAAUAUUUAUGUGAAAAAAUGAGCGGUGGAGAUCCAGCUUUCAAGCUCUUUGGAAGGAAGAUUCCUGUGCCUGAUUCUCAGAUUCAUGUUGGGGAUUCGAGUAGUGAUGUAUCGAACCCCCAGUCCGAAACGUCUCACGCGAAUGCAUCUGGGGAGCGGGGUAAGUUUGUUAUGGUAGAACAUGAUAAGGAAGAAUGCCAAGCUUCUAUGAAAUCGAAUGAGAUACCGAUGAACACUAAGGUGAAAGAGGAACUAGUAGAGACAAAUAGUACAGAUCAAGAGAAAGCUUUUAAGAGACCGGACAAGAUCCUUCCAUGUCCACGAUGCAACAGCUUCGACACGAAAUUCUGUUACUUCAAUAACUACAACGUUAACCAACCUCGGCACUUCUGCAAGAACUGCCAAAGAUAUUGGACAGCUGGUGGAACGAUGAGGAAUGUUCCUAUAGGUUCUGGGCGGAGGAAGAACAAGCACUUGGCUUCUCAGUACCGUCAGAUAAUAGUUUCUUCUGGCGGAGUACCGGUGACUCAGAUAGACGCCCCCGACUCAGCAACUCAACAACUUCUUUCUCCUGGCGAAACUACAACUUCCAUGGGAAAUGGAACAAUUUUAAAAUUUGGUGCAGAAGCACCUCUUUGUCAAUCCAUGGAGACUGUGCUUAGCCUUGGAGACCAGAGUAAAUGCGUUGAGACGGGCACAGUCAGUUGUGGAGAAAUACGAGGACACUCGUGUGGGUCUUGCAUGAUGCCUUGCAGUGUACAGGGGAGUGAAUUACCCGGAAAUGUAAUGCCGAAAGAGCAAAUAGGUCUGGCAGGACUGAAUGAGCCGAACACAAUGCAUCUACCAAAGUGCUACCCUCUUCCUCCUUGUAUUUUCCCUUGGAAUCAGGGACCAAAUUAUGCAGCACCAACUGCUUCCGGUCAGUGUUAUUCAGAACGUAUGGAUGCACCAAACAGCACUACUUUGAAUGCGAUUCAAUGGUGUCCUGCACCAAUGGUGGCCAUUCCGGGCUUUUGCCCACCAAACGGUCCAUUACAGUUUGUGCCUGCUUAUUGGGGUUGUGUGCCUGUAUGGGCUCCUGGAGGAGGAAAUGUCUCAACCAAGGGUUGCCUAUCUUCAUCAUCCUCUACUAGCAACAGUUGCGGCUUGGGAAAUGGCUUACCGACCCUAGGCAAACAUUUCAGAGAAGCAAAUUCUGUCGAAGGGGAGCAAUCGGAGAAGUGCAUUCUGGUUCCGAAAAUACUAAGAAUCGACGAUCCUAGUGAAGCUUCAAGGAGUCCUAUAUGGGCUACAUUAGGUAUUAAACAGGGCGAGAAGGAUCCUUUAUGUGGAGGUAAAAUCUUCAACGCCUUCGAAUCUAGAGUAGACGGCAAAGAUCAUCUAGCAGAUGGCAGUCAUAUCUUGGAAGCAAACCCCGCAGCCCUUUCUCGUUUGCAUACAUUUCAAGAGAGCACUUAAGCGUCCUCACGUAAUAUUUGCUCUGGACUCUUGGCGUUUAAUAUGCUACGAGCCUAUCAAAGUCCACAAAUUGCAUCAGUUCAAAGCUCAGAGGAAGCAAAACUGCGCCGGUUAUCGACAAGACAGGUUAGGCAAUGUAUCCAUUCUUUACUUUUGAGAGUUGUGUAAAUAGAAGACAGUGAUCGAGUCGUGUUCGCUUCAUUUCGCGCGCUUUGCAGUCUCUUUUGAUGUGAUUCGAGAAAGAUGAGUGGAUUGUGGUUUGGUUUUUCGUAUAUUUGAAUCGUGUUAGGCUAAAUGGCCGUUUGGUGUUAGUUUUCUUCUGAAAAUAUUGUAUACAAUAUCCUCCAGUUUUGAAGAUGGAU